CGUUGAACCAUCGCUCCGUGGAUUUAAAAAACGUGCGUCGAGUUCAUAACCAGUGACGUACACCGUACCCAAUUCCAAUUAACCGGUGCAAGAGUGAAUGGUUCAUUGAUUGAGUGCGCGGGGAAACGGGUAGAUGUGAAUAAUUGAGAGGGGAUUACGGGAUAUGGGGAAUGGUUUUUUUUUUUAUCUGAUGUGGGGGUAGAAGGGGAUGAGAGUGCUUUUAUGUGCCCUGAAUUUUUCCUGAUUUUCCUCCAACGGAUCCGGUGGCACUCGAUCGUUCAGGGACACUCCAACGGGAUUGUGCCGUCGUGUGUGUCCCAUGUGUUCCCCCACUCGAUUUUCAACUGAAUAAUCCCAGGGAAACGUGAAGUUCGGAGGAAGAGUACAGGAGAUCGGGUACAAGUGCUUUUAGCAUUGUGGAGGAUAAAUUGAGGGGGUGAGGGGGAUUUAUGCUGCUUUGAUAUUUUAUAGUCGUCGAGUUUUUCUGUGAGGGAGUCGUCGAUGGUGAUGCCGUAUACGUGAUACGAGUCGACGACGACUGCGAGGUAGAGAGGGAGAGAAAAAAAAAUGGGACUUUGGUGAGUCCAGGAGGCAGGAUUGAGGGUUGAUGGAGACCAGGGUGAAACAACUACAACACGUAAUACGUGAAAUGUUUAAUGGAGGAGGCAACUGACUGUUAAAACUUGGGUGGAAGGUGGUUUGGUAGCACCAACUGGGUGGAGCAUUAAUUGGUGCAAGAGGCAAUCAAGGGGCUGGAUGGAGCGAUGUCCAUGCAAACGAACGCCGUUGAUGGUGGUGGUUCGUUACCAUUCGGUUGUGCCGAAGGUUAUCACCAAGAAUCACGGUGAUUGGUCGUUGUGACAUGUCCAAAGGUGUAACGCGUCAAUAAGUUACAAACUUAGUGAAUUGGAUCGAUUGGGGUUAAUCCGAGCUGAUGAAACGGCGAUGUUGACUAUUGAAACAGCUGAUACAGUACAAGUACGUGACAUAUAUGAAUAAAUCAGUUGUCGUGAUUUGACGGUGAAAUUCGUGAAGCGUGGAGACACAACUCAUCGUCCAACUGGCAUAUCCUGAGACGUGAAAAACGGGGAAAAAGGGGAAAAAAAAAGGGAGAAACAGGAAGAGAGAAAAGAGUGGAGAUCUGCAUUGGUAUUUCACCAGUGUUGGUAGCCAAGGGUGGAAAACGGAAAAAGGUGGUGAGGCAAGUUGUACUUGGCCUGUAUGUAGAAUACCUUGGCAUCACCCCUCUAUUCUGGAAUCUCAGGGGGAUGAAAGGGGAUGUUUGGAGAGGAAAGCUGUGAAAAACAUGACGCCACGAAAGUACGUAACUUAUGGCCUCGCAUAAAUAACCAACACUGAGCUCGUAUAACGCUUCUAUUUGGGAUCGAUGCCGCUUUAGGUUCGUUCGCUUUUGGCGAGGCCGUUUAUCCUGGACAAGAGCGUGGAAUACAUACUGACGUCGAGGGGGUUGGCUGGUGAAGACCAAAUACAUAGAUUAGACGUGAAAAAUCAAGUGCGAAGUUGGAAAAAGACGGAGGGAUAAAUAUAAAUAACGGCAAGACCAGUACAUAUAUACGUGGGAGAGCAUCAACUUUGCCGUCGACAUGGGACUGUUGAUGUUACUUGCUGCUGCUACCAUCUUCUUGGGCUUCUGCCAGACCGAUGAAAAAGUGUCCCUGUAUGGUGCAAGCUACAUUCACUUCCCAGUGCAGGAGGCAAAGGGCGGCACCGACAUAAGCUUUCGUUUUCGUACUCAUCAAUCCGACGCAACUCUCCUAUUGGCAGCUGGAAAAACCGACUAUUGUCUGAUAAAACUCGAAGCCGGAAGACUGAAGGUAAACAUCAAUUUGGGAGCUGGUGAGAGUGAGAUUUCCAGCCCACGAGGAUUGACGUUGAACGAUCAGAGUUGGCAUGAAAUUAAUUUAACACGACGCGAGGCAAAUAUGACGCUUCAGAUUGACGUUAUCCACACAACGAGAAUGAUUUUACCCGGUCGUUUUUUCGUUCUCAACAUACUCUAUGGUGUUUAUAUAGGUGGACGGGGUGAUUUCAAUGAGUUAUUUCUAGGUCACACGGAAUAUAUGCGGGGUUGUAUGGCCGACAUUGUGUACAAUGGGGCGAAUGUUAUAGAAUCCACGAAAUUGCGGAAAGUUAAGUCUGAGGCAACUGCUGUUACGUGGGGCUGUUCAUCUGAAUUUGAUGCUACGAGAAAAUCUCAGAUAAGUUUUCUCCAGGAAGGUGCGUUUGUAUCUAUUCCACGGGCCAUUCCACGGGCUGGAUCAAGAUGGGACUUGGAGUUGAGAACAACGUCUGAAUCAGGUCUGUUGUUCUACAAUGCUGGACAAGCAUCGCACGCUGAUUACUUGGGCAUUGAAUUGAGUGAUGGUAAAAUACGUGUACUGAUGAACAAAGGUAAUGGAGCAACUGAGCUCAUUCACUCAUCAAUUGUUGCUGAUGGGAAUUGGCAUCGUGUAUCGAUAGACUUUAAUCCCACUGUGAUUGGUAUAAGUAUCGAUGAUAAAUUGGAGCGUUUAAAUCUACCGAUUGGUGGUAAUCGAUAUCUGGAUUUGGCUGAUGUGCUCUACAUAGGUGGUACAGAGCUAAACAAACGAGCCAGAGCAAUUGGUAAAGGCAUCAAGUCGGGUGAUCGUAGCUACAAGGGUUGCAUCAGAAACAUGUCACUCGAUGCCAAUGAAAUUGGCCUACCAGACGUCAAGAUCAGCGAGGGUAUAGUCGUUGGUUGUGUCUGGUCUUAUCCCUGCACCAGUGUUCAACCCUGCAUUUCAAGUGCAACAUGCACACAACUCGGUGUUGACUCAUUCCAAUGUACCUGCGAUCAACCCCACUGCGUCAGGAGUAACUACGUAUCAACGAUAAACGCAAACGUGAGUCUAGCGGUAGACCUGGAGAUUGUAGCACCAAGGGCUAUUGUCGUGCCAGAAGGCGAACAUGCGUUGGUUACUCCUGACAAUAUAGCGAUGGUACUGGACAUUGCCAAGUAUGGGGCAAAUGAGGACGGGGUCAUUUUCACGAUGGUGAUACCACCGGAACACGGCAGACUCAUCCUCAAUUCAGCCGUUUCACCCACAGUAUCAACCCCCGAGCUAGCAUUCACCCUCCACGACAUUUACAGAAACAAGGUAAAGUAUGUUCAUGAUGGAAGCGAGGGCCCGGGGGACUCUAUGAUAUUAGAGUUGAAACUGACGGCUGGAAUUGGCUUCACGCUUCCUGGAUAUCUACAGAGCCGUCUGAGGUUUCCCCUUCAUGUCAACGUUACGCCGGUGAACGACCCUCCUCUUCUCGAAAUACCAACAACCAAGGUCCUCAGGCUAGCACAAGGGACGAGAAAAAUACUGACGAAAGAGCUCGUGUGGAGUGUGGAUCCGGAUACAUCACCAGAGUUACUGGUGUACACGGUGUUACGUGCUGAUACUGAUGCAGGCCACGUUGAAAAAGUCAAUCACUCGUCUCAUCCACUUGAAACAUUCAACCAGGCUGAAUUAGCAGAGGGACUUAUCUCCUACGUUCAUCACGGAAAUGCCAAGUCGAAUGCUAUGCUGGGGCUCCAAGUGAGCGAUGGAAGUGAAACGAGUCGGCCAUCGUUUCUUCGUAUAUCCGCUUAUCCACUUCAAAUAAAAUUGAAGCACAAUAGUGGGCUGGUUGUGGUGCAUCGAUCCAUGUCUUAUUUAACUCCAGCAAACUUAUCGUUCGCAACGAACUCGGAUGACAGUAGUAUUGAGAUAGUGUACAGUAUUGUAGCACAACCGCAGUACGGAGUUGUGCAGGAAUUAAAUGAAACGACUAAUAGUUGGUACAGCGUCGAGCGUUUUACGAGUAAGGAGAUUGAGGGUGGUGUUGUGCGUUAUCUGCAUACCGUUGGUAGCCCAUCGCACGAUCUUCUCAAGUUUCAAGCUAGUGUCAGAGAUCUGAGGACACAGCAAACUUUUGACUUUAGAAUUUCCUUUAUCGAUAUGGAGCUCAAGGAUGUACACAGAAUUGGAUUGGAAUUCACAAACGUUAACAGAGUUAAUGUGACAAACCAUCAUCUCAAGUACCAGACAAAUCCUUUAAUUACACCACCAACGAGAAUUGAGUAUAAAUUGUUGGGUACACCCAAGUAUGGGGAUUUGAUGGUGAGGGAGCGAGUCCUGCUGAGGAAUGAAAAAUUUACCCAAGAGGACAUUGAUUCAGGUGGCAUUGAGUAUCGUCUGUUUAAACUGGCGUACUCGCUGGUUGAGGAUGAAAUGACAUUUGAGGUAAGUGCACCACAGUGCCAAUCCUUGUACUCGAGCCUGGCAAUUAAGCACUCCAUUGGAAAGAACUCAAAGGCACUCAAUUCACUCGACACUACUGAAACGUUAAAAGUUACAGAGGGACUGCAGGUCGCUUUAAAUAUCAUUAAAAUAAAUCCAAGUGAGUUCAAAGUGAAUGGCUUGAUUUACAAUUUGACUGAAGGGCCGUAUAAUGGAUGGCUUACGGUUCAAUGCCAUUCGAAUCAAACAGCUAGAUCAAACGUGACGUCUUUCACCAGUGAAGAACUCAUCAGUCAAUCGGUUUAUUACGUUCACGAUGAUUCGGAGACGAGUCAUGAUAGGUUGAGGUACGUGGCAAUUGCUAUUGACGUGGAUUUCAUGUACGUUGGGGGAUUUGAUGUCGAAGUUACUCUGAAGAACGACAAUCCACCGGUGAGAUCGGAAUUGUCAGUUUUCGACGUUGUAAUUAAUGGAGAUAGAGUGAUAACACGACGAGAUCUCACGUACACGGAUCGUGAUACUGGUACUCAACCUGGUGAUCUGAUUUAUCAAAUACAGAGUAUAUCGAAUGGUGGAAUUUAUGCCGCUGGUGAUUCGAGUCUUCAGCUUGAGGAAUUCUCCCAGCGUGAUAUUAAUGAUGGUAAAAUUUUGUUCAAACAUCGCGGUGAGGAGUUGGGAAAAAUGGAGUUCUACGUGAGUGAUGGUGUAUCACGUACACCUGGAUACUUGGAAAUUCGAGCGAGUCCACCUUACGUACGUUUUCUCGAUACCAAUGCGACAAUUGUUCAGUUUAAUGGCUCAGUGAUAUUUUCAAUUAGAGAUUUAGAUGUUGUUACGAAUAUCGAUGUUAAUGACAAACAAGUUAAAUACAGUGUUACGAGUAAACCCAAGCACGGAGUUAUUCUUCAGCGGAAUAAUAAGGAGAUUGGCUCGUUCGAGCGCCAAGAUAUUGCCAACAAAUUGAUAUCUUACAGACACUUGGGGGGAUCAAUGACCAAGGAUGAAUUUAGGAUUAGGGUGAUGGUUAAGGGUGUUGCCGCUGAGACGAGAGUCAUGAUAAAAGUUUAUCCCAAGUGCUACUGGGAGCCACUCGAUGUUAAAAAUAACCGGGCUAUUCUUGUUGAAGAGGCGACAAGUGUUUUAAUCAGCAAGCGAAACUUGGAAAUAUCACAUCCCAAAAUAACACCCACUGAGAUCACUUAUUUGAUUCGUGAAUGGCCCAAGUACGGUUAUCUCGAGGUACAGACACAAAGUGAUGGACACGGUGAGGAGUCAAAGGACGAUUACGAGGCGAAUCUAGUGAGGCACUUUGAUCAAAGUGUAAUCAAUGAGGCUCGUGUACACUAUGUUCAAUCAGUAGCAAAUCAAACGGAUGACAGUUUUGUCGUUGAUGUCACUAAUGGAAUAACAUGGAUGCGCGGUAUCGUUGUUAAUUUUAUAAUAAUACCUGACAAGCUGUACGUUGAGGCUGACAACGUCACUGUCAUUGAGGGCAAAGUCGUUCCACUCCGAUCAACAAAUUUUAAUGUUAUCACAAUGUAUUACUCGGGUAAGCUGACGGAUUACAGAAUUAUUGAAAAACCGAGGCACGGUGUUAUCAUCGACUCGACGAAAAAUAAUCAAAUAAAAAAAUUCUCACAGAAACAUUUGGAGGCGGGUGUUAUCGUUUACAAGCACAGCGGUGAUGAGUCCAUCGAGGACAGCUUUAAAAUGGUUGUAAUUGCGGGGGAUAAAACGAGCCAGCCCAUCGAUAUUUGGGUAAAUAUACAACCGGUAAAUGAUCAAGUGCCAGUGCUUGUUAAUUACACGACGUUGAGGCUGUGGCAGGGUGGCAGGGCCCUAGUGACAUGGCAAAAUUUGUCCGCUGUCGAUAAUGACACAAACCCAUCACAAAUCAUUUACAAUGUAACGAGCGUUAAGAAUGGAUUUUUUUCCAUUCAGUCAUCGCCAAUUGUCGAUGUUUACAAUUUCACUCAAGAGCAAAUCGAUAAAUCAAUGAUUAUGUUCACUCAUACGAAUGGUACGGAUGGAGCUUUUUGUUUUACAUUGUCGGAUGGAGUACAUACAACUCACACGUACAAUAUAUCUAUCGAUACUAUUCCGAUCGGUGUUACUAUUGUGGAGAACAAUGCUCUAAAUAUAUUUCCGUUAACGAGAAAACCGAUAAGUGAAAAAUCACUGAUGACAGUGUGCAGUGAUCCAGCGAGAGAGAUUAGGUAUAUUGUGAGACAGGGGCCAAGUCUUGGAAAGAUAAUUAUGGAAACGAAUGAGGGCACUUGGCACGAGGUCGAUAGAUUUACUCAGAAUGAUGUGAACGAGAGUAGAGUUACGUACGAGCAUACCAAGCAGUUUAUGGAUUUGUUCACUAAUGAUUCAUUUGUAUUUGACGUUGAGAGCGAUUUUGGGGGUGUUAUACGGAAUCAGGUGUUUCGAAUUGAUGUAUCGGUAUCGAGUGGAGGUCUUGGAAGAUACAUCGUGGCUAAUCCGGUGAGAGUUGAAGAGGGUGGAUCGGCCCGUGUACUCAUGAAUAUCAGUGAAAUCGUAAGAUAUUUACGGAGUAAAUCCGGCAUUACCAAUCCCGAAGUUUUCACGAGAUUAACUGGCCAACCGAGCCACGGACACGUUAUGCUACUGCCCGACUUGAAUAUAACGGUUUUCAGUGAGACGCAGAUUGAAGGUGGAAAAGUAGCUUACUAUCACGAUCACUCCAACAGCUUAGACGACAAGAUACAAUUCUCACUUCAUCUGAAGCAGGGGUACGUUAUGCUGUGCAAUGUGACUAUUCAGGUUAUCAUAUCACCCGUGAAUGAUGAAACGUUUAAGCUUGUGACAAAGGCGCCAUUCAUUACUGUUGUGCAGAAUCAAACGCAGACUAUAACGCGCAAUGAUUUAUUGACUACCGAUCCUGAUACAAUGCCCGAGGAACUUGUUUAUGAUGUUAUUUCAGGACCAACUGCUGGACGACUGUUGAUGCUAACUGUUGAACAAAAUAUAUCGGAAGUGAUACAAGUUACUAAAUUUAGCCAGCAGGAUGUUGAUGCUAAUCGGCUUGUGUAUGAGCACAGUGGAUCGUCUCAGUCGGUAACUUUUUACUUUCGCGUAUCGGAUGGAUGUUUUGCACCGGUUUACACUAUUUUUAAUGUUCAUGUACUGCCGAUAAAGCUCAACGUAACAACACCGUGUCCCGUUAGCUUACAGCAGGGUUUUAACAUGGGUUUUGUUACCGAGGAAAAUAUAAAACUUGAUACUAAUGCCAGACAGGAGUACGUACUCUACUCGAUAACAAGCCCACCCAAAUACGGGCUACUUUAUGUCAGGGAUGUUGAAGCUGUGACGUUUAAGCACACUGAUUUAUUAUCGAAAACAGUUGUUUUUUUGCAAACCGAUAUGUCAUCUCCUAAUGACAGUUUCGUUGUAACAUCACGACUCAGCGAUUACGAAGUCAAAGGGAUAAGGGUGAGCAUCAGAGUGACACCGUUAAUGAUAAUCCGUCCGAUGGUGGCAUUUGCCGGUGAAAAGAAUCAGAUAACCAAACGAUUUAUGGAUGCUACACCAUUGGCUGAGGCAACUAACGGAAAUCCCGUCUAUCGUAUCACUGCCAAGUCACGAUACUGCAAGCUCAAAAAAAUAAUUCGCAGCUCUGGGGAGAAGAGGAGUACCAGGGAGCGAGAAACAUCACGAUUCUCCCAUCGGGAAAUAAUAUCUGGCCUAAUUUAUCUCGUUUGCCGUAGAUUACCGACAACAGAUCCUGAGGGAUUGCUGGAUUAUUUUGAAUUCAAUCUGACAGCCUCGACUUAUCAGCCGGCAAAUGGUAUAUUCGAGAUAAGACUUAAAUCAGAUCCUGAGAUAUCGAACAGUACUUUGGGUGGUCCGAUGGAUCCAGUGGGACAUGAGGGUGAAAUGUCAAUAGCCCCCAACAUGUCCCACGAUUACUUGAUGAUCCUUGGCAUGCUUCUUGGUGUUUUUGUCCUCGGUGUACUCGUCAUUAUGACAAUAAGGUGCAGACAAAGGAGGUACAAGAAUACCCAGGAGAGCAAAACGAGCGAGACAACACCAACUGUCGGUGUGAUUCCACUACCGAGACCCCCUGAUCAUCUUAUGCCAAGUACACCUCAUCUCAAGAGAUUUGGCAAUGAAACCAUGGACAUCGCUGCCAGCACUCCACUUCCAACUCACUCAACAAUCACAUCGACAUUGCCACAGUGCAAAGUCAUACCACUCAAUCCACUUGAGAGUGUCAGCUCUGAUGCCGAUGUCUCGUCGAGGUAUCCUUAUGGUGUGCCUGAUGGUGAUGACUGGAGUAGUUUUGACACUGCUGAUUUACCAUGCCCACCACCCACGACUAACCGCAGGGCAAAUCCAUUAUUGAGGAGAAAUCAGUACUGGGUCUAGCAGUCAACACCUUCGGGACAUACUCAUGAUUAUAAUUCAAUCGAGUAUGAACCCGGAUAGUCUUGCUCUGUGAAUAUUCAUUAACUCGAGAAAAGACUGUAAUAAUUGAUAAAUUAUCCGGAGGGAAUUUAUUUCCCGUGUACAUGGAUAUGUUUCGAUAGUUUAAUCACUCUCUUUUUUGAGCGUUUUCAUUGGUCAGGGGAUUUUUAUAAUCCUUGUGUCAACGUUCGGGGUUCAUUGUACCACGUGCACAGCUACCUAACUCGGCCUAACUUGAGUCGCUUAUUCAUUUCUUUUUUAUAUUCAUCUUUUAUUUAUAUGGAGAGUUGCCAUCCGUUUUUUGUAAUAUAAAGUGUUAAUAAGUAUGUAUACUAGGGAGGGGGAGGGGAUUUUCCAAGGGGAUGUUACGUGUUAUGUGUAAUUAUUGGAGACAAUGUUUCGUCGAGCCAUUGUGUGUAUUCAAUGAAAACAUCGAGUAUUUGUUAAUGUUAUAUUGAAUUCUCGGUGAUCGGGGUGGGAGGAGCGAAAAUAUUAUUUUCAAUGGAUUCUGUAUCGUGUAUGCUUUUGAUUAAUCGAGGAUUAUGAGUUAUUGAUGAAUUUGAUGGGGAGAUGGGACGGAGAAUAAAUUUAUGGGAAUCGAAACUCCAUUUUGGGGGGUCAUACUGAAUCAUCGGUGGCCUCCAGUUUAUACGAGUAAAUGUGUGGAGAGAAAAAUCUGAGAGAUUAUCGGGAGCCAAGGGGCUAGUGCAUUUGUUAUCUAAGAAAUAGAUAAUAUAUAGGGAUUUUAAAAAUACUAGAUACAUUUUUUUUUUGGAUUACCCGGGUGAAAACAAAAUUGUAAU